GGGCUGCGUAAGCUUCCGGCGAAGAACAGCACGCGCCCUCACGCCUGCGUAGUAGCUGGCAAUCUGUCACUGCUGGCGGUGCCCGUUUGCCGUUGCUGUGGCAGCCGAGGAGGCCUUUAGAGGCCCCGGCUGCGAGGCCUUCGAGCGGGACGGAGGCUUCCAGGAAUACCAGCGGCAGCUCCGCCGCUUUCUCCUCCUCCCCUUCCCCAUCCCCGCCGCAGUCGCUCACGCUGCUGGUAAUGCAGCCCUGCGGCGGGGACGGGGAGGCAGUGGGUACCCUGCUGCAGCCUCAGGUAGUCCAGCCUGCGCAAGCUGCCUCAGAGGCGCCAUCCGCUCAGGGUGGCCUAAUGCUCUUCUACGAGGUGGGCCCUGCGGGCGAAGCAGAAGGAGACGGCGAGGCCGGCGGCGGUGGCGGCGAGAGCGCAGGCAGCCCCGGUGGCGGCCUGGAGGAUCUGGACGACGAGGACGAAAGCGGCGCCCAGUCGGGAGGCGGCGGAUGUAAAAGCUGCACGUACCAGGGCUGCAGCGAGACCACCACGCAAGUUGCGAAGCAGCGCAAGCCUUGGAUGUGCAAGAGGCACCGGAACAAGAUGUACAAGGAUAAGUACAAGCGCAAGAAGAGCGAUCAGGCCCUGGGCGGAGGCGGCGGAGGCCCCUCCUCUGCUGUCGUCGCCGCCGCCGCAGCAGCAGCGCAGUCUGGAGCCGGCGUCCCCGGAGGCAGCGGGCGGGUUGAGGAUUGCACUGAAAGUUCAGUUUCUCUAUCAAAGCAAAGAACAGGAAAUAUUGGAGAUCGGCCAGCAAAACCUACACUUUUGGAACAAGUGUUGAACCAUAAAAGACUGUCACUCCUGAGAAGUCCAGAAAUUGUACAUUUUCUGCAAAAACGACAGCAACUGCUAAGUCAGCAAGCAUUGGAGCAAAGGCAGCAACAGUUUCCAGGAGCACCAGUGUGAUGGAAGCAUAGUUAAAGACCCUCAGCUCAGUUUCAUGUUGGAAUGGGGAUUGAAGGAAUGAAGUUGAUUAGCAGAGGUCUAUAAGCUGUGCUAGCUGUUUUAUGCUGCAGUUUGCUUUCUGCUUAUUAGACGAGUAAGAAAAACUAGAGGAAUCGAUUUGCAUUUUGCAGAAAUGAUUUUAUUUAUUUAAAAUUGUUUUUAUUAGCUAUGAUGCAUCUUCUCUCCUGCUAUUGAAGUCUUCCAUUAAUAUUUUGGAAGCCACAUUUAACUUUUUUGGGGAGAGAUAAUUUAAUAGAUCCUAUAAAAUUCAAUUUUAUUAUUUUAAUAUUUUGCUAUGUGAAAAGUUUUAAUAUCUUGCAUAAAUUAUUCUUCAAUGACAGUCAUUGAAGAAAGCAAUACCUACUUUCUAUGGAAGUUUUAAAUUGUCAACUUUGAGCCAAUCCAGUACUUGUUGCUCAGGGAUGUGUGUGUGUGUGUGGGGGGGGAGUGCUGGGCUUACAGCUUUCUGAUGGAAGCUCAGCAAGAUUUGGCCCACUGUUGGUGUUACACUUGCCCCUCUGGCCAAUCUAGUUGAUCAUUUUCUAUAUUGCAUUAUAAAAUAAUGUAUCCCAAGUUGGUAUUUAUUUCAUGAACAUUUUUGUAAACAUAAUUUAAGUAUUAGUGUGGGUAUUGCAGUAUAUUACUGGCAUGAUUCAUUAAGAGGCAUCCAUAUGAGCUUAUUUAUAUUAAUUUUAUAUCUUUACUUGUGUACUAAUGAACAAAUAAUUCAUACAAGGAUACGUUAAGGUAUCAGUUUUGUAUCUUUGUGAUUUUUAGGCUAUUUUUGAACAUGUUUAAGGAUUUUUUAGAGCUUUUUGGAAAAUGUCAUUUACGUUUUGUACAUCAGAUUUUUAAAAAACAUUUCUCAAUUGUACAUAGUGUAUAUAACUGUUGUUCUGUUCUGUCUUGGCAUUAUCCUGACUAGCUAUUGAAAAGCAGAAAUAAUCCUGGAUGUUUUCUAGGCUGCGCUUUUUAGGGAAAGAACUCUUAAGCUGUGUUAAGAGAUGCAAAUGUAAAAAAUAUGUGGUGCUUGUCCUUGUUCUUGCAUUUGCAAAUUAAAUGUUUACAAUUUGGAUAGCAUUUUUCAAUUCUGCAUGAAGCAAAUUGUUAAUACAACUGUUGUUUGCAGUAACCUUAUUCUUAACUUACUCUUAACUGAGCUGUCACCGGUAAAGCAUGAAUGAAAUAUUCUAGCAUUUUGCUAAGAGUGCCUGUCUUAACUCAUCAAGUGUUCAUAUCUACCUUGCAACUGUAUAUACAUGAUAAACUACUCUCGUACUUUUUACUCCUGUUUGGAGUAAGAAUUUCUAACCACAUGCUCCUACAGAUUCCUACAGUUAAUAUAAGGUAUCAUAACGGAAGCUUUUUUGGAACUAAUUAAGCAAAGCAGCUUUGAGAAAGACAAAAUUUGUGAAGAGAGUAUCUGGGAUCAGAAGUGUAAGUAAAAAUUAAAGGGCAGCUUGAUUUGGAACAAGUAAAUAGAUGUAAAUGUAUACCUUUCUGUGCUCACUUGAAGACCCCCAUGGAAUACAGAUGUGUGAGGAUCAUCAUUCAAUAGAACAUUUUGGAGUGAUGCUUGCCAGCAAUUUGACAAGAUUAAAAUAGAUAUUUCUUUUGAAAAUAUAAUUGAAUGCCCCUAACUAGUGAUGUGCCUUGCUCUAGAGAUGUGUAUGCACACCAAACAUGCAUGGCUGAUUUGCAUGGACACAUCUCCAUUAACUGUAAAGGUGGAAAAACACCUUCAGUACAAAAGGAAUUAAUGAUCAAACCCUUGUCUCCAGGAAAGCUACGCGUACAUUAUAGCCUCAGUGCUAAAAAUUAUGUUGGAAGAGGGCAGUGGGUGCCAAUGCAGCUAAUAAUCUACCUGGAAAUAGAAACAGAAUCGAGAUCUUGUUACAAAUUUGGUUUAUAAGAACCCAUUUCUAAUUAUAGGACUGCUGCCAACCACCCUUUUGGUAACAUGAAGGCAAACAGCAGCCAGGGAUCCCCCCCCCCGAAUACAGAGCAUGUGCAGCUGUUUUUCAUUCAACUUUAAGCAGGCAGCUUAAGCAUGCUUUUGUAAAUAGGAUUUUAAUGUAACAUAAUUCAGUUCUAAUGCAGUUCAAGCAGCUUUCAUUAAUUCUGUUGACUUGCCUAAAUUAUUCCUAGCUUUUUAUCUGUUGUAUUUACUUUUUGACACGUUAAUCCUUAAGUGAUAGGUUCAUAUUUUUGGUUUGCAUGUAGUAAUGUUAAUGUGAAAUAAAGAGCACAUCACUUUAAACUUGCAAAAUGGAUUUGAAGAUAUAAAAAGGAGCAUGUAUUUGAAAGCUAUUUUCUCCAUUCAGGAAAAAUUAUGUUAGACACAGGAAAGCAUCAAAAUCAAUUAUAAACAGAAAAUAAAAUCAACAGACGCAUUGGACUUUUGUUGUCAUCAAAUAAAUAUCUUUUUUCCAUUUCACUUGAAGCCAUUGACUGUUGAUCGGAUUCUAAACAAAUUGUGUUUGAUCUAGCAAGAAAUCUGUUUGCUCCUGUAAAACAGAUCUGAAAAGUAAUGUUUUAAUUUUGUAUACAAGAGGCUCUCGAAAUAAUUUCCACUGCACUGUAGUAAACUGAUUAUGUUUCAUGUACCUUAAAUUGAAACUUUAUUGUACUAAACAAAAUAGGAUUAAA